AUGGCUACUUUCAUAUACAUUUUAGUUUCAGCUAUGUUCCUUGUCUCUACAGUUAAUCCUUUCGAAAUUGAUCUGACUGUGGAGAUAAAUGCAGGUGCUCAAGACUGUUUCUACCAGAACGUAAAAAAACCUGUCGGGAUCGAAAUAGAAUAUCAGGUCAUAGAUGGUGGUGAUCUGGAUGUCACCUUUUCUGUGCAGGCCCCUAAUGGUCGUGUGUUGUUGUCUGAUGUACAGAAGUCGGAUGCUGUUCACAAGGUUGAAGCAGAGGUUGCUGGAGAUUACAAGAUUUGUUUUGAUAACACAUUCAGUCAUUUCAACCCAAAGGUUGUUUAUUUUGAAUUGGUGUCUGAUGAUGACGAUGAUGAAGAUGAUGACGACAAAGACUGGAAUUUUGCUAAGGAAGAAUUGUCAGGAUUAAUUGAUAUGACAAUUCUAGAUUUUAAGCGAAAGAUAGAAACUAUGAAGGACCAUUUGGACAAAUCUGCACAGAUUCAACACUUUUUAAAAAAUUAUGAAGCAAGAGAUCGAAAUACAGCCGAGGCAAAUUUCCAGCGAGUGAAUUGGUUUUCUGGAGUUCAAGUAUUUAUAAUGGUGUCUGUUGGUCUCACCCAAGUUCUUCUUAUACGAGGCUUGUUUGAUGACAAGAGUAGGGUACAUAAUGUAAUGAAAGCCAGAACAUAAACAAAUAUAGUUUGUGCUUUUAUGGUUACAUUGAAUCUGUGAAGUAAUGUGAUUUUUUUUGUUCAAAUUGAAACUAAUUGUAAAAUCAAAAACGUGAUUAUGAUCAAUAUCACAAACAUGUUUCUAGAUAGAUCAACGAAGAAUUCCUCAAAUUUUCAAUUUAAUUGACUAAAGGAAAUAUGAUUUGUUAGAAUUUUCCAAUCAGAAGUAUGAAAGUCUUUGCCUGUUUUUUCUAACUUUAACAUUUGAAUCAGUAAGACGUAUUAAGUAUCAUGUGGUGAACAUUCUGUUGGGUAAAUUUUGGGUUCUUGGUUGAGGGUGUAGAAUAGAGUUCUUAAUUUUUUUUAAUAGUUACAAGGCACGCGGGUUAUUGGUUUUUGCUGACCUUUUUAUAUUUUUCCCCAAUUAUCGGGAUUUGUUUAUUUCUGCCAAAAACAAUUUGUAAGUUUUAACUUCAAACAAAAAUUGAGAGAAAUUCAAAUGAAAAGUAAUACCUGUAAUAGUACAACGUUUCAAAUUCAGUAUUUUUACAGCUAAAAGGGUGCUCUUUUUUAAUAGUUUUCUUUUCCAUAAUAAUAUAACUUAAUUAUACUGGUUGUUUGUAAAAAUCAAAACAAGAAUCUUUGAUUUAAAAAGGAAAAUGAAAAAAACUUGAUGUUUUAGCAUUCUUUUUAUGGUAUGACAAAUGUGAAUUGAGUAGAGCUAGUCUGUACGGUAUUUUAUACAGUACUCAAUAAAGCAUUCAGUAGUUUAAGAUAGAUUUUCUUGCCAAGGUUCCUUCAUCCAGUGAUUUGUAGGACUCGGAUAUUUAACUUCUGGAGUCAUGAUUUCCUGUAGGACUCUUAAAUUCCGAGAACCCAAUAUAUCUCUUAGUAUUGGGAUUCAGCAAAAUUUUGGGAAACGGUGCUGCGGACUUGCCCGAAAAAUCCUACAAAAACUGCUCAUCUUGUUUGAAAGUCUUCUGUUAAUGAUUAAUAAUUAUAUCCCUUACUAUGACCUGGUCAAUGAUGAAUGGAUGAUAUAUAUUUUUAUAGUGUGAGAGAGUGUUUGUGAGGACACAGAAGGAGUACAUGGAAAGGUAUUAUUUUAUUCAGCUUGGAACUGGUACACAGAUUUUGAGUCAAUGUACAUUUGUAGUGUAUUUAUCCUGUCUUCAUUUGAGGUCCUAAAUUGUUAGUAGUUAUUCUAGUAUUCCACUUACAAUUAAGCAUGUGAUGUGAUUCUAGCAUUAUCCUCUUGUUAUACCCAGAGUUUUUAGGUCAUGUGACCUUUGGUCGUGCUUUGUGCGGUGUCUGCUGUAAACUUUUCAUUGUAUUAAAUUUCUUCUCAUGUUCCACCAAUGGGAUUCAGUUGAAACAUGCAAUGAACAAACUUAAGAUGGUGCUGACCAGGUGUUCUUAUUUUGAUGGCAGGUUAAUUGCUCCCACUACUGCUACAGCAGCUGUUCUACACUGUAAAUCACUUAGAUUUUGUGACAAUUUUUUUCUUGAACUCACCUCUUCAGAAAUGAUAGCAGAUACAUGAUUUUGUCAACACUGAUCUAGAAAUGAGUUGGAAUUUGCAAAAGAUGAGCUAUUAAAGAUAUGGAAUUUGGAAAGCUUUUAUAUCGAUAACUGAUAGGUUCAUACUAGGUUCAUACUAGCUACCAUUUUGCUUGUGAGAGUCACAUGACUAUACCUGAAAAUUGAUUCAGUCAUGUGAUACAUGCUGUCUUCAUACUGAAUAGUAUAUGCCUGAGUAAAGGCAAGUACACAUAUGACAGAAAUGAAGGUGAAAGCACCAUAUGCUUUUAUAUUUGGGGAGUGACGUAAAGAGUCUUCAAGAAAAGAUGACAUGACUUUAGAUGUGUUUGAGCAGUGUUUAACAUUUGGCUUUUUAAAUGUGUUAACAUUAAUUAUACAGCAGUUGUCCCUGCAGUUAUGUCUUGGAUGAAUUUCUUUACAUUCAUUUUGUAAUGAAAUCAUUUUGCAUGUAAUAAACAGUUUUGUGAAUAUUUAAGCACCUUUCUACCACAAAAAUAGCAUCAUGGAGUAAGGUUUAUAUCUGUUAUGGCACACAUGCUCGACCUACCUCUGACCUAAAGUUGUACAUCAGGUUGAUGACACUUUGUGAUAUUCUAUAAGAUAUAUGAAUUCACAGAAAAUGUGUGUAAAAGCAAGAUGAUUAUGAAGAAAGAACAAGGAUGCCAUCAAGAGUUGUUAUUCUUGUACAAAUACAAAAAAAUGUAAUUGCAAGGAAUUGGAAUUGAUUCUUUUUGCAUAUUGAUGUGAAAAUAAAUCCCACACAAAAAAUAAGUGACUUACAGCAUAUGUCUUUGAAGUCCGAUGACCGUCACGGCUCAUGCACAGUUUGUUGCACUUCCUUCGAUUUCUGAUCAGUUUAGCUCAGAAUUGGUUUUAAACUUAGGUUUUGUUUCAGUAUAUGUAAACUUCAGUAGCAUGACUCAAUUCAAGCUUGAUAAAAAAAAAAAAAAAACUGAUAAGUAAUGUGAUGGAGUAUUGAACACCACAUCAUUCAGAUUAACUGAUGGUCUUUGUGAUUUGAAGUUUACAAAAUACUCAUAGUGUAUAAACAUUGGUUUAAAUAUGAGAUUAUGAACAAUUUGUGUAUAAGAGCUGUCAAAGCAAGGGAUGUAAUUUUUGUAAUAUAUUGAAACUAUGAAAUGUAUAAGUGACUUUUUAACUUUAUUUAAAUUCAAUUUCAAUUCAAAAUCAUUACAAGAUUCCAAAGUACAUAGUACAAAAAGCACAUCCUGUUAGAUUUGAUGUUUUGUGAUGUUUUUGAAGGUAUGCACUUGAUCAUAUGGAUGGUAAUUCAGUUGCCUUGACCUGUCCUUGACAGUUUCGGAACAAUGUAGAAAGCUUCUUUAUACAAGCCAUUUCUCUUGAUUUUUUUCACCUUUAUCUUUUAAUCAUUUGUCUGUGAUCAAAGAAUUGUGGACUUGAACAACUUUAUUAUUAAUAAUUUUUUUACAUGUAACAAGAAUGUCAGAAUAGGUUUAAAAGAGAACUUGUAAGCUUUCAUAGACAGUGUAUUGUCACUAUCUUCACCAACGAUUUAGUGUGCUUUAGUUGGUUGCCUGAAAUCCAUAACAUUUUUGUAUGUUAGUGUAAUUACACAUUUUGUAUCUAUGCAAGUUUUUCUGUUGCAGUAAUUGUUUACCUUAAAUUGCUCCUUUUUGCAGGGUUGGGAGAUUUCUGAUUUGCUGUGAUCACGUGUCCAGUCCUGUUUACACGAGCCAUAAUUUUCAAGUCCUAGUUAUCCGGUGUUGUCCCUGUUAUUCCAGAGUCCUCGUUAUUCAGUGGUAUCCCAGUACCUAAUACUUUUGUUUAUGUUUUUUUAAUGAAUUGAUAUCAGAAGGCAUUUUUCCCCCAUCAUUUUUUUAUUUCCAGUUUUAAGGAUGUACAGACAGCUGUGCCCUUUGUACUGAUAAUAGGCAUAAUUUAGAAAAUAUUGAGUAAAUAUCCCAGUUUAAUAUCAGAGUACUAUUAUUUGUGACAAAAACUCACACCAAGUCACACUUUUGAUCUUAGGAAUGUCACCAACGUACAAAUCACUGAUUUUGUAUGUCCUUCUGAUGUAGUAUACUUUCUAGAGACAAUGUAAAAUAUUCAAGCCCACGCCAACUAUCUAUUGUAGAAAGUUUUCUGUAAAAACGCAUUUGAAUUGACAGUUUCCAUUAAAUUUAAAUGUGUCUGGUGUGUGUAAAUGAUUAAUUUCAAUGUAACAGGUAUCCUGUAAAUACACCAAAGUAUCUGAUUGACUGUGUAUGUCGUAACAUAGAACUUUGGAGCACAUCAAUAAUAAAAAAACCUUAUGUUUAAUCAGAACAGUCACAUACAGCGGUAUAUCUAUAUAUCACACAGGAUUGACAGUUGUUUUUCUUAGGAGAUUUUAUGAAAAAAGUUUUAAAAUUAAAAUUAAAAUUUUCCAGACAAGUUUCAUAAAAUUUCCUGAAAUGAAAAUAGAUUUGAGAUACUUUCUAUCACAUUUUGACAGGUUUUUGAGUGAGAAUAGGAAGUUUUGAGAACUCAGUGUGUUAAAAGGUUUGUUUCUCAGAAGCUGAGAAAGGACUGGUUGCUGUAUUCUUGGGCAAAACAUUUUACACUGAUUGCUCUGGAUGACAUGCUGCUUAUUUCCAGUGUGUUGUUUAGUGAGAUAGCCACCAGCUACAGGAAGACACCACCUUGAAAAGACCUGGGCUGUUGAUGGGUUGAAACCAAACAAAGUUGAAAUGGGGAGGACAAAAUCAAACAGAGUCAGCCAUUUUGUUGUGCCAUUUUAAAAUCAUGACAUAAUUUUAUUGUCCAUAUUAUGACGUAAUAAUCAAUUUCUGAUUGGCAAGGAAAAACAGCCCAGGGUAUAAUAAACAUAUGAUAUAUGCAAAUACAUUACAUGGGGGAAUCCCUAUAUAACAGGUGAAGUAUGUGAUAAAUUUGUUUAUCAUUCUUAUCCAUGAUUUUACAGACUGAUUCAUCUUGUGGCCAGUUUGUCAAAAAGUAGAUCUCAUAUACAUUAUCCCUCUGUUUAAUAUUACUGUCAUCAUUUGCUUAAUGUGAUAUAGAUUGUAAUGCCUUGUAAAUGUAAUGGAUGAUAAAUCUAAACAAGGAAACUACAGAGAAACUGCAACCACCAUUUCAAACAUCUACUUCUUUCAAGGGAUGACAAAAGACUGUAACAGGCUAUCUAUUUGAUGAGAUGCGUUGUUAAAACUGUAUAUAGUAAUGAAAUUUCUCCCAUUGACAUCCAUGCUUUACCACUUAAAACCUCAUUAAUGACACAAAGCACUGUAUUGUAUAACGAUUGCUGGGUUUUGAAAACUAGAUCAGUUUCUAUAGGAUUAGAAAUUAAGACUUUUUGUUAAAUUUUGGAGACAAUUCUUGUUUGAAAUGGCAGAAUUUUUCUUCAAUCUCAAGAUGUUACCUCUGUUAUCUAUUCUUCAUUUUUUUUUAAUGUACAUGGUAAAACAAAAAAUAUUCUUACUGUAUACAAAUAAUCCAAAUCCAAGGACAGCUGAAUUCUGUUGAUCUCCAUGUCCAGACUCAUAAACUAGUUCUGGACAAAGCUCAAAUUUUAAGAGCCUUCAUUUGCCAUAGAUAUACUAUCUCCUUUAAUGUAUGAUUUAAAGAGGAAGCUGUCAUGACACAGAGGCCUGGUAUACAUACAUUCAAUUCAAAUGCAUUAUGUUUAUAAAAAAAUCCCACUAGAAUCCAAAAAGAUACUUCAUUAUGACAUACUGGCAUAAAAGUGCAUAUUUAUCAUCACUAGAGGUUCAAAACUGUUAUAGACUUAAUGACAUGCUCUAAUAUUAUUUAUGUUUGAAAGGUUGAUUAAGAAUGAAUUGCGACUGUUCAAGCUUGAGUGAUUGGGAAUAUUUUUGUGUGAUUUCAUGACCUAUUUUUGUCCUGUCAGAACUUAUAUAUGCAAUUAUAACUAUGCCUUUGUUAGAACCAGUUGUUGAUCAAUUAUAUCAGAUGAAUGAACAAUAAAAUUUGUGAACAAAUUA